AUGUACAGUAAACAAUAUCUUCUAGUUACAAUACUGUUUGCUGUCGUUAUUUUAUCGACAUCGAUUGAUCAAACUCAAGAAAAUAGUGAUGCUGGAUUAAAUGUAAAAAAAGGUGCAGCUUACCAAGGCAAAAUUUAUGAAGUCGAUGAUGAAAUGGAUGAUCAACCUUCAGGAGCACAAUCCAAUGCUAAUGUUCGACAACCAUCAUAUAGUCCACCAGAAGCUUAUUAUCGAUUUCGUUCACGUUGGCCACCAGCAGCAGUUCCUUCUCUACAUGAAUAUUACAAGAAUCAAAUGGAUAUGUCUCGAUUUAUAAAUCGAAAUAUGAUGCCAGUACCACUCGGUUCAUAUAAUAAUAAUCCAAUGUUCAGCAUGGGUACAUCAUGUCAUUCAUUAAUUGAUCCAAAAUAUCCAAUUUUUUCGGAUAUGUGCGGUGCUGUACCGCAAGCACGAUAUGGAUUACCAAAUACAUUUGGUCAUUAUGAUCGUUGGCAACUUGCACAUAUUUUAACAACUAUAAUGGGUUCAACAACAGAUCCAAAUUGCAUUCGUUCAUUACGUCAUUUAUUAUGUCCAAUGCUUUUUCAACCAUGUCGAGCACGCCAUGAACCUCCACUUGUUCUUCCAUGUCAAUUUUAUUGUCGUGCUGUUAAAAGUCAAUGUGCAGUACCUGCUCUCGAUGUUAUACCUUGUGAUACACUUCCAUAUGCAUCUGAUAUUUGUCCAAAUAUUCAAUCAUAUGGUCCAUUUAUGCCUGCAGGAAUUUCACCUGCUCCAACUCAACCAUCAACACAAGAUACAGUUCCAUCAACAGAUCAACAAACAGCAAGAUCAUUUGCUUCUCAAUCAGUAAAACAAGGUCCUCCAUCAACAGUUAACUCACCACCAUCACCUUCAACUGUUUCAUCAAUGCAAUCACAAUCACCUGCAAAUAUUUACAAUCGUAGACCAUAUGGAAAUGAAGGUUAUGUUGAUGUUCCAUUUCGUUCAUAUGCUAAUGAUUAUCGACAACCACCAAGAUAUGCACCAUUAACACAAUCGACAUUCAAAACACGUCCUACUGUUGAUGUAUAUCCUUCAAAUGAAGCACGACAAGCAAGUGGUCAAGUUCAACCAGUUCCUAGAGCUUAG